AGUCUGACCUGUAUACUGUUUAUAGACCUUUACCGUGGAAAAUGGCGUUUACAAAGGGCAAGAUACCCAUACAUCGAAUAAGUAUAAGAGCCUCGGAGAAUUAAUGUGGAUUAGCAUUAAGAGCCAUGGGGACAAAAUCGCACAUCUGGACGCUCGCACUGAAGAAACGUUCACAUACGCGGAGCUGCAAGAUAAAGUUGUGAGAUGCGCGUUAUGGCUGCAAAAACAAGGAAUCAAAUCUGGCGACGUCAUUAGUGUGUGCACGAAUAAUCACCCCAAUUGCAUCGUGCCCUGUAUUGCGGCAACUUAUGUCAACGCGAUUUUCAAUCCGUGGAACGAGAGCAUGGAUUUGCCAACGGCACUGCACGUUUUGCAACUGACCACGCCGAAGGUGAUUUUCUGCAGCGAGAAAUCCGUGGAUGUCGUCUUGAAGGGGAUGAAAGAGAAAAAUUGCAGUCCUACGGUAGUGGUUUUCGGCAAGCAUGUCGGCGCGACUUCGUUCUCAGAUAUCCUAAGAAAUUGCAACGAUGCGGAAGUGGCAAAUUUCCGUUACGCCGAGCUCGACGACAUCAAACAAACGGCGUGCAUCAUGCACUCGUCGGGUACGACGGGAAUGCCAAAAGGCGUUGAAUUGUCUAACUACACUAUGUUACUCAUCAGCGAGGACAACAACUUUAAUAUGUCUAACUUAUCAACACUUUGGUUUUCAUCUCUUUAUUGGAUCAGCGGAGUAAUGCUAAAUGUGAAAGCAAUCACGCAGGGUGCUACAGUGAUUAUCUAUCCGGAAUUUGACGAGGAGAUGACUUGCCAAUUGAUUGAGAAAUUUAAAGUAGCAGUUAUCUUCCUUAGCACGAGUAUGAUAAAUCGGUUUAUCAGAGCGGGAUACGCAGGACGGAAAUAUUCAUUACCAUCUUUAAAAGUCAUAUUAGGAGGUGGUGCAGUAAUUAAACCAAAAGUGCAGGAAGAACUGAAACGUACUUUACCGCACGUUCAGAUAUUGCAAGCUUAUGGAAUGACGGAACUUGGUGGUCUCGUAACAUUGCAACAACCAAAUCACAAGAACGGAUCUUGCGGAACAAUAGCUAAGAAUGUGCAAAUAAAAAUUGUAGAUCCAGAAAGCGGGAAAGUACUUGGUCCGAAUCAGUCGGGAGAAAUAUGGAUAAAAUCUAUAAUCAUGAUGAACGGUUACUAUAGGAAUCCCGAAGCGACGAAAAGUACGAUUGAUGAAGAAGGAUGGUUGCACUCGGGUGAUAUCGGUUAUUUUGACGAAGAUGGGGAACUAUUCAUUAUUGACAGGAUAAAAGAGCUUAUAAAAUAUAGAGGCUAUCAGAUUUCACCCGGAGAAAUCGAAGGUGUUUUAAUAACGCAUCCAGCAGUGUUGGAAGUUGCAGUAAUAUCGAUACCUCAUGCAAUAGACGAUGAACAUCCUCUUGCUUAUGUCACCAAAAAACCUGGUGCCAAGGAGACAGAGCAAGAAUUAAUAAACUUUGUGGCAAAAAAUAUGAUGGAUCACUACAAACUUCGCGCUGGAGUGAUAUUUCUGGAUGCUUUUCCGUAUACAGGUUCAGGAAAAAUUGCGAGAAAAGAUUUAAAAGAAAUGGCUAAAAAAUUAUUUAAGCACACUAAUUAAUUACAUCUAUUCAGUAAAGCAAAAUUUGUAAAUAUUAUACAUAUAUAUUCACAAAUUUUGCUUUAUAUAUAUAUAUAGUCCAUGUAUGGUUUUUCCAAAUAGAUCUUAUAAGCAGAGCAGAUAAACAUUUUUCAAUCUUAUAAAAGGACUAUUGAUAAGACUAUGGAUGAUAAAGAUACGUAAUUUUCUUAGAAUUAGAAUGAAUCUAGUCUUCAAAAUAAGUUUUAGAAAUAAUAGCAAUGUAGUUAUUUUUAAUGUGGAGAUUUUUACAGGUAAUUAAAAUCUGUUUGCAGAUGUUUGUUUAAUGUUUUAAUAACAGGAUUGCAUGACUAUUUAAUUAGCGAAUUGGAAAAAAACUUGAAAAUAUGUAGUUAUUUAGUAAAAGGUUAUGUUUUAUAUCGAUAAUACUUGUCUUGUUAAA